GGUGAUCACAGCGUCGCAUCUGCGUACGGCAGGCACCUUUUACCAUUUCUCACCAUUCCCUUUUGUUUGUCCAGGGUCCCUCUUAAUUUUAAAUUUAAUCCUCACCUACAUCCUUCAUGUCACUCAAGACCUGAUCGUCCUUCCCCCUUCAGCGCUUCUAAGUGCCCCCUUCUAGUCGUUACAAAGCUAGUCGGAAUAUUUUGGACGCCCAGCUGCAUCCAAAUAUUCAGCCUUGCAAGUGCUAUGGCUUAGCGACGCCAUCUGCAGGUACCCCGAUAACGUCUGGCUUCUGGCGCAUUCGAGCUUUUACGCUACUACCCCCCGAGUGUGUCUAGGUGACACGAACCAACGGCGUUUUAGCAGCAAAAGCAAUCGCCAAAUGACCAUGUCGGAAAAUAAACAAACUCAAGACGGUCACCCAGUCGGGGCACACGCCAGAAAUAAUGACCCAACCGAUGCCACCGAGGCUGCAGGAGAGCUUGCGACGCAGGGAAAGACACUCGACGCUCCCGAGGAGGAUGCGAUAUCCAUCAUGGACAGGGAAACCCCUGGCAACCGUAUGAUGCAUGCCGAAAAUGAAAAGUCUAGGCCAGCCUUGUACGACGCCCAGCAUCUUUCCUUGGCCGACGUGCAGCAGGUCGAUGUGCAGAUUCGUGACUUGCGGGUCUCUGUCGACACCUCGCCUUCGAUAUGGGACCCAUCAACUUACAUGGACCUGGCCAAGCAGACCUUUGCCAGCAGCAAGUCCCAAGGCUCCAACCAUGUCAAGGCGCUGCUCCAGUCCGUCUCAGCGUCCCUUGCGCCUGGGACUCUGACUGCAAUUAUUGGUGGCAGUGGUUCCGGCAAGACGACCAUGCUGAACACGCUUGCCGAGCGGGUUUCCAGUUCUCGACUGUCGGUGGGCGGAAGCGUCGCCUUCCGCAACGUCAGCGGAGGACAAGGCCUCGACGCUCCGGGCGGGGACAUACAGUCGGUCCGGUAUUCAUAUGUCAUGCAGCAGGACAUUCUGCUUCCCACGCUGACGGUCCGCGAGACGCUGCGGUACUCGGCCGACCUGCGACUGCCGCCGUCGACGACGAUCGAGGAGCGCAUGCGGGUGGUGGAGGAGGUUAUUCUGGAGCUGGGCCUGAAGGAAUGUGCAGACACCAGGAUCGGAGACCAUGCGCACAAGGGCUGCUCUGGCGGAGAGAAGAGGAGGGUGAGCAUCGGUGUGCAGCUGCUCUCGAACCCGUCGGUCUUGUUUCUCGACGAGCCCACCACCGGACUCGACAGCACAUCGGCAUUCCAGCUCGUGCGGACCCUGAAGACGCUCGCGGAGAAGGGGCGGACCAUCAUCACGACCAUCCAUCAGCCGCGGGCCGAGAUCUGGGAGCUCUUUGAUAAUCUCGUCGUCUUGACCAAGGGAAGCCCCGUCUUCUCGGGUCCGGCCAACGAGUGCGCCCCUUGGUUUGCCGAUCUCGGCUACGAGCUCCCGCCGUUUGUGAACCCCUGCGAGUUCUUCAUCGACAUCUCGGCCGUGGACAACAGAACACCCGAGAUUGAGGAGGAGACGACCACCCGGGUGUCCAAUCUCAAGGCGGCCUGGAAUCAAGAGUCGAGCCGCCGCUACCCUCCCGCGUCGGCCGGGACGCAGGUCACAUCCCGCAAGGCCAAGUCCGAGGCGCGGAAGCAUGCUUCGUUCCUGCGCCAGGUCCACGUCCUCAGCGACCGGACCUUCAAGGUCACGUACCGCGACCCCAUGGGCAUGGCGGCCUCGAUCGUCGAGGCCAUCCUGAUGGGUCUCUGCACCGGCUAUCUCUUCUACGACCUGGGGAGGGAUCAGUCGGGCAUCAGGUCUCGCCAGGGAGCACUGUACACUUCGGCCGGUCUCCAAGGCUACCUGUUUCUGCUUUUUGAGGCCUACCGUCUCAGCUUGGAUAUUCCCACUUUUGACCGCGAGCACAACGAGGGUUGUGUCGAUAUAAUCCCGUUUCUCCUUUCCCGAAGGCUGUCUCGCCUGCCCACCGAAGACUUUCCGGUGCCGUUCAUUUUCAGUGCCAUUUUCUACUUUAUGGCUGGUUUCGAACGAGAAGCACACAAGUUUCUGAUCUUCUUCGCCGUCAAUUUCCUGAACCACUACAUUGCCGUCACCUGCGCCAUGGCAUGCAUUUCUGCGAUUCGCCAUUUCCCCGGAGCAAGUCUGCUUGCCAAUCUCAACUACACGCUACAAAGCAUGGCGUGCGGCUUCUUUAUCCAGUCCAACACCAUCCCCGUCUACGUUCGCUGGCUCAAAUGGAUCACUUAUACGUUUUACGUGUUUGGCUCCCUGUGCGGAAACGAGUUUGAAGGCAAUUUCUAUGACUGUCCUACCAGCAACAACCGCAACGAUCCAAACUGUCGCCCAUACACGGGUUCGUUUAUUAUGAAUGCGCUGGGAUUCCCGAGAAACUGGGUCUGGAAGCCGAUCGUCGCUCAGGUGGCCUUUGUGGUCUUCUUUUACACAACUGCUGGUCUUGGGCUGCGAUUCCUAAAGACGGAAAUGACAAUUGCUCGGUCUCGUACCAGUGAGACGGAUUUGUCCUUUGGCAAGGAGAAGAUGAACGCGCGGUCCAUCGCCGAGGUCAGGGCCAUCGAUGUCGGCCUGGACGAUUUCACCCUCAACCUCGAAAAGAAGACGGCCCUGGGCAAGAAGCUGCCGACCAAGGUCAUUCUCAACCCCGUGACCACGACGUUCAGGUCAGGGCAGAUCAACGUCAUCAUGGGCCCCUCCGGGUCUGGCAAAACCUCGCUGCUCAACGCCAUGGCUCUUCGACUGCGCAACACGAUUGGCACAAAGUACCGACGCUCCGGCAAGCUCUCGUUCAACGGUGCUGAACCGUCCGAUGCCGUCAUCCGGUCCGUGUGCUCGUACGUGUCUCAGGACGACGAUGCUCUUUUGCCCAGCCUGACGGUGCGCGAAACUCUGCGCUUUUCUGCCGGGCUGAGACUCCCGUCGUGGAUGAGCAAGGAGGAAAAGAACAAGCGGGCCGAGGAGGUGCUGCUCAAGAUGGGUCUCAAGGACUGCGCCGACAACCUCGUGGGCAACGAUCUCAUCAAGGGUAUCAGCGGUGGAGAGAAGCGUCGCGUCACCAUCGCCAUCCAGAUCCUCACCGACCCUCGAGUCCUUCUACUUGACGAGCCAACGAGCGGUCUGGAUGCCUUUACGACCUUGUCACUGAUGGAGCUGUUUGCCGGGUUGGCCAGCGAAGGGAGGACGUUGAUCCUGACCAUCCACCAGGCUCGGUCGGACCUUUUCCAGCAGUUUGGUAAUGUUUUGCUUCUGGCACGAGGUGGCUCUCCCGUCUACUCGGGGCCGGCAGGACAGAUGGUGGAGUACUUUGCCCGCCAUGGAUACCGCUGCCCGGUCAACAACAACCCGGCCGACUACGCUCUGGAUCUCAUCACCAUUGACCUGCAGCACGCCGAGAGGGAAGCUGCCAGCAGGGAAAAGGUUCAGAGGCUGGUGGAGGGAUGGAAGACGUUUGCCGAGGAGCAGACCCGACGUGAACUGGAGCAGGAGAACAAGGAAAAGACAGGCGGCACUGCCGGCGGAGUACUCGCCUCGUAUCCCACCAGGCUGUCUGAUAUCCGCGAAGCCGAGGAGCCAAGAUCCCCCUCCGAGUCUGGUGCGCCGCCUUGGCGCGAUCAAACAACCGCCCGACCCGACGCGGGCCUGUUCUCGGCCGCAUCGCGCCGGUCUUUGCACAAGUCCAAGCUUGCCACGCCGGCCGAGCUGGGCGCCAUGGUGCGCAAGCGAGCGGGCUUCUUCACGGCGUUCCCGAUCCUGAUGCGCCGCGCCGUGGUCAACUUUCGCCGGCAGCCGCCGCUGCUCGUGGCCCGCCUGAUGCAGGUCCUCGGGCUCGGCAUCAUCCUGACGCUCUUCUUCGCGCCGCUCAAGUCGGACUACUUUUCCGUCCAGAACCGGGCCGGCUUCAUCCAGGAGGUUGCCGCGUUUUACUUUGUCGGCAUGCUGCAAAACGUGGCCGUCUACCCGGCGGAGCGCAACUGCUUCUACGCCGAGGACGACGACGGCGUCUACAGCGUCGAGGCCUUCCUCGCCACCUACACGCUCCUGGAGCUGCCCUUUGAGCUGCUGAGCUGCAUGUUGUUUGGUGUCAUGGCCGUCUUUGCCGUCGGCCUCCCGCACACGGCCGAGAUGUAUUUCGUCUGCACCUUUGUCUGCUGGGGUAUCGUGAGCUGUGGCGAAAGCUUGGGCAUGAUGUUCAACACUUUGUUUUCCAAUCACACUGGGUUUGCCAUUACCCUGACUAGCGUUUUCCUCAGCAUCUCAAACGCCAUGGGAGGAAUCAUGUCCAUCGACAUGCCGGCCAUCUACGACGCCUUUAACCACAUCAGCCCCGUCCGCUUCGCCGUCUUGGCACUGGCGCCCUACACGCUCAGGGGCGUCCAGUUCUCGUGCGAGGCCUCGCAACGUCUCCCCAACGGACGAUGCAUCAUCUCGACGGGCGAGGACGUCUUGGAUCUUUACAAGCUCAACGUCAACGGCACGCUGAAUCUGGGAUACCUGAUGGUGCUUGCGUUUGCCUAUCGCAUCGCGGCCUGGGCUCUGUUGAGGGCUGUGAGGACCAAGUGGAAAUGAGCAAAGCUUCACUCUUUUUUUUUUCUUCUCUUCUUCUUCGGUAAACGGUAAACUGUAAACUGCCCUUGUAUAUACAUAUACUCUCUGGAUGGGGGGAAAGGCCAAGUUUGUUGGUGUUUGGGAUGUGAUUUACAUCGUUGACCUGUUCUAUAUUAUAUUACCUUGUAAUUCGACCCGAGAACUCGUAGCCGUUCCAUG